GGCUGGGUCCCGUCCUGCCGUUCCUGCCGCUCUGCCGCUGCUGUUCCGUUAUGGCGCUCAGGGCUACCAGGCACACUCAGGUGGCGACCGACGUCGCGCCGAAACGCAGCCUGCUGCCUGUCACCGUGCGCGGGGAGGCGGUGUGCGCCCCCAAGAUGGGACUGCGGCCCCGCACCGCUCUGGGGGACAUCGGCAACCGCGUCACUGAGACGAAAAAGCGGGCUGCUGCCAGGAUGGUGGUGGAGGAGACGGUCUGCAGGAAGGUGGCAGGUACCAAGCGCACGGUGGACAUCUCCCUGGGUAAAGUGGGUACCAAGAAGACGCUCAGGGCCGUCGCCAAGGAGGAGGUGCCAUUGCCAGCUCCAGAGCCCAAGCUGGAGCCCCAGCCUGAGCCUUCCCAGGUGGAGCCUCAGUCUCCAACCCCCAUGGAGAUAUGUGAAUGUGCCCCAUCAGAGGACAUACUGUGUCAGGCUUUUUCUGAUGUCUUGCUUGAUGUGAAAGAUGUAGAUAUGGAUGAUGGUGAUGACCCACACCUCUGCAGCACCUAUGUGAAGGAUAUCUACAAGUAUCUGAGAGAGCUUGAGGAAAACAAACCUGUCAGACCCAAAUACCUGGAUGGCCGGGAAAUCAAUGGGAACAUGCGUGCCAUGCUGAUGGACUGGCUUGUGCAAGUGCAGGUGAAAUUCAAAUUCCACCAGGAGACCUUGUAUAUGGCAGUUGGUAUCAUCGAUUGCUUCUUGCAGGACAAUCCUAUCUCCAAGAAGACACUGCAGCUGGUCGGUAUAACAGCUAUGUUCAUUGCCAGCAAAUAUGAAGAGAUACUUCCCCCACACAUUGGAGACUUUGCCUACAUAACUGAUUGCACUUGCACUACAUCCCAAAUCUGCCAGAUGGAGAGGAAGAUCCUGCAAGCCCUGGACUUUUGUCUGGGUCGCCCUGUCCCUCCGCACUUCUUAAGGAGGAUUUCAAAGAUAACAGAGGCGGACUUGAAACAGCACACUCUGGCCAAAUACCUCAUGGAGUUGUCCAUUGUGGAUUAUGAUAUGGUUCACUUUCCUCCAUCUAAGACUGCAUCGGCUGCUUCCUGUUUGGCUUUGAAACUCCUCAAUGGAUGUGGGUGGACACCAAUUCUGCAACACUACACAUCUUACACAGAGCAUGACCUUCUACCAGUUAUGCAGCACAUAGCAAAGAAUGUAAUUCUGGUGAAUGAGGGUGCUACCAAGCAGAUGGCAAUCAAGACCAAAUAUGCCAGCAGCAAAAAUGGCAAGAUAAGUGCCACUGAACAUCUGAAAUCUUCCACUAUAUGGAAUCUAGCACAACCUCUGAUUAACAAUAUGUAACUGCUGCUCUAACUGAAGCAGAACAUUAUGCUAUGUGUCACUUUGUAAAUUUGUAUCUCUAUUGGUG